ACUCUGGACAUCUUGUGACUAAGGAGUACCUUGGUUUGGCAAGCCAGAACGUGACGCAAGCUAGUAAGAGUGUGCCUCACUUGCACAGUUUGAACCAGGAAGUGACUCUACACAUGGGUGUCAGCGAGAGUUCAAAACUUCUCUGGACUGAAACAGACGAGGGUCUAAUGAACAAUAGUACCAAACAGGUCAUUUCAACAAUCUUGACCUCAUGCGAGGAUCAGACAUCAAAUGCACCUUGCUUCUCCACAGUAGGAAAGAAAAUAUCUGAUAUGUCCCUUGAGGUCAACAUAUUGGUAGGUGGUGUUCUGUCUCAGCUGAAGGACAUCUCCUUGUCAAGGUCCCCAACACCAUGUGAAGACAUGUUUGAACGUCUCCAAGGUUCUCCUGAGCGAACCUCUCCAGUAAGUCUAGAUUGCAGCACGGCUGCCUCCAAAGGCAUUGCAUCUUCCCACAGUCUUUCAACAAAGAGCCUCCAAAAACUUUCUAGUCAUGAGUUCCAAACCAAAGCUGAGAAAGGAGUGAGUGAGGUCAUCUCUAGAUCAUUUAACAUUGUGGAGGAAGGUACAACAGAUAAGUACCUCCAGUCUGUAUCUACAUCCACCACAUCUACUGAUAUUAUACAAACCAUGGUGAAAGACCAGCAGGAGCUCCCCCAGACCACCCAAUCAUCUGACAUGGUAUCUGAAACCUCCCUGCUCAACACUGGACAGGUUUCUGAGAAAAGAAUCUGGUCUGUUGCUCGUAACAUCUACUACAGUCUGCAAAGUAAGAUUACGGAGUUUCUCAGAAAAGAUCUUCAAAUGUCAGACACAACACUUGGUUCAAUCCAAAUCUUUACGUAUCAAAGCAGUCCUGCUUCACAAAGAGCAAGUCUCGGCCAUCUUGAGGUCAACCAGAGCAGUGUUACACCUGGUGGAAACUAUGCCUGUGUAGACAUUCCGCACAAAUUACUACCUAAAACCACUAAGCUCUCAGGAUCCAUGCUGGAGGAUAUUGGCACGAACCGUUGUAGGAGUGCUGACAGCCAAAAUACAAGAAAUACCUCUUCUUCACGCUCCUCCAUCUCUCUAACACCUACUUCAAAAUCAAAGCAGUCAGAAUGGGACUUCACCUUGCCCGGUACUCCCAUCCCCACUGAAUUAUCUGCUCAGAGUGACUUUCCCAUUGUAAGAAACAUGAUCAUUCAGGACUUGUUUCACACAGAGAACUUACUUCCCCCAUCCUUUGUGGACAAAGUCAGGCAAGCUGCUGGGGUGGUAGUGGACGAAAUGGUGGAAAGUGUUGAGAACACACAGGAAGAUGGACAGGGUGCUUCUCAUCUUGACGACCUCCGAUCUGCUGUUAGGAAAUUGAGAAAAAUCAUUUCCACUGGGACCAUCCACAUUUUCAGUCAUGAAUUUGUGGAUAAAGUGAUAGCCCUUCAGGACAGCCACAGCACUCCACAGGUCUUAACAUUGGCAGCAGCCAGAAGUGCUUCAGACUCCAUUCUUUCAAGGCUGAAAUGGGGAAAGGAACAAUGUGCCAUAUCCAGGAAGCUCUCCUCUCAGCUUCUCCAGAUAUUUGCUGAAGAGACAGUGAAGGGCUUCCUAAAACAGUGGUUAGAUGAUUAUGAAAAUAUAAACAUUGAUGUUUCAGUCCAGAAUGAACCAAGCACCUCUACUUGCAUGGUCUUUCCUAUCCAGCUCAAUCAGAGCAAGCCAGAGGAUAGUGACACAAUGAAUCAGCUUACGAAGGUCAUGGUCAACAAAAUGAUGGAUGCCUUAUCAGUUGGCUCAAGUCAUCAAAUGAUCACCAAAGCCAAUGCCAAAUGUUCUUUUGAGUCCGGUACCAGCAUGGCCACCAGUGACAUUGUAGAAGGGAUGUUGGAUUUGGUAAGGGAUAGCACCAGCAGUACUGGAGAGCAGAUCCCCAUCUUCAAGUCCAAGAAAAGCAAGAAAACCAUGUUCAGCAAGAUAUGCUUUAACAUAAAGGGUUCCAAGAAAGUUAGAAAGGACCACUGUCCUCAAAAGUCUAUGGAGUACCAGCCUCAGAACACUUCCCCUACUGUGUACUUUACAGAGUCGAGGACAAAUUCUCAUGGCUCCUUUGCUCCAGACAUCGCAUAUUCCUUCCCACCUGAAGAGAAGAGUCACAAACCCUCCCUUUUCACCAGAAUGUAUAGAGCCAUCACUAGAAGCUUCUCCAACCCAAGAUAAUUUUCCUCAUUAAAUUAGAUUGCAUUCAUUUGUUGUUAUAUGUUGACUGUUUUGCUAGCUCAGACUGUAAUAUGUUCUGCGAUUCAUCCACAUGCAUUGAGGAGUAUACCACCUCAGUCACAGGCUACAUGCCCACGGUGACCGUAUGUACAUAUCCCCGACAGAAGCCAUGGAUUACAGGCAACAUCCACACCGCGCUAAAGGCUA